GUGACGUGAUGAUGUCAUGCGGCCUGGGUUAGAGAAGAGGAAGCAGAAAAAACAACAACAAGCCUGUUGAGCCAGUGACAGACAGAAGAUACUCUGAGGUGACCAGUCCAGACUAGUAGACACAAAAUCAAUCCUUGCUGUCGUCCCGAGGGCAAAAUGUCUUUGUUUGGGAAGUUAUUUGGUAGCAGUGGAAAAGGGGGUAAAUCCCCAAGCCCUCAAGAGGCUAUCCAGCGACUGCGAGAAACAGAAGAAAUGCUGACCAAGAAGCAGGAAUUCCUGGAGAAAAAGAUCGACCAGGAGCUUGUUACGGCCAAGAGGAACGGAACGAAGAACAAAAGAGCUGCAUUACAGGCACUGAAGCGUAAGAAGCGCUACGAGAAGCAGUUAGCCCAGAUUGAUGGCACCCUUUCUACCAUUGAGUUCCAGCGGGAGGCGCUAGAGAACGCCCACACCAACACUGAGGUCAUCAAGAAUAUGGGCUAUGCUGCCAAGGCCAUGAAGGCGGCCCAUGACAACAUGGACAUUGACAAAGUGGACGAACUUAUGCAGGACAUCACAGAACAGCAGGAGCUGGCACAAGAAAUUUCAGACGCAAUCUCAAAGCCUGUUGGAUUUGGGGAGGAAUUUGAUGAAGAUGAGCUGUUAGCUGAACUAGAAGAGCUGGAGCAGGAAGAGUUGGAUAAGAACCUUCUGGAGAUCGGAGACAAUGUACCACUGCCAAACGUGCCCUCUACAUCCUUACCUUCCAGACCAGCAAAGAAGAAAGAAGAAGAGGAUGAGGAUGACAUGAAAGACCUGGAGGCAUGGGCUGCCAAUUAAUGCUUGCCGAAAACCCAUACACACUAUACAAGGCAUAACCUCACUCCAAUACCAGUUACUAAAGGACCUGGAAGGACUCUUCAGUAUGUUACAGUAUGUUGUUUUUGUGUUUAAAAUGGGUGGUUAAUAUAUAAACACAGAUGAGAGGAAAAAAAAAACAUGAAUGCAACUGCUCAAAAAAAGUAUAAAAUCUCAUCCAGGCUUACAGUCGACACACUCAUCUAAGCAAGUCUGAGAUUUCUCCUCGUUUCUCCUCAUCUCUGGACUGCUCUGACAUGAAAAAGGCUUGUUGUAGAUCAGUGUUUGUGUCCGUUACCUGUACUCCUAUGAUUUCAGACUUCCAUCUCCUCCGCUUGCUCCAAGAAACCAAUACACACGGAAACCCUUUGCACGUGGGGGACGGUGUCUGUAACGUUUUCCGUCAUGUUUUUUGGAGGGAACUAAAACUCAUUGUUCACAGUUGUUCAAGUUCUGUUAAAAGCACUGUAAGCCCUUUUUGAUUCUGUGCUUCGAGCAUUUCAAUAUGCAAGUGUAGGUGCUUCGUACAAGAACCGUACUGCCCACGGGACGUCCUAGAUCAGCACUUAGGCUUUAUGAGCACUUUUAGGUCUCCAAUUUGGGGCUGAGGUGGGCAUGAAGUUGUCGGGAUCGUCCUCUUGAACAUGCAUCUAGUUUGAGUGAUAAAGAGGCUUCUACUGUACAUAGCAUCUCUCUUUAAUGGCAUGAUGGUAUACGGUCUCCUGACAGCAUGGGAUUUCUAUAUUGAACAGGUGUCUUCGCUCAAGAAUCCUGUUUUGUAUUUGAGAUAGUUCAGAAAUACUGGCUUGUGACUCCAUCUUUACACUAGAAAUGGUUUACAACUGGUAAACAACUUGGCUUGUAGAUUUCAGAUGUUUGUCUUAUUUUGAGGUGUUAAUGCAUUCAAACUGAUUUCUACCUGGACAGACAGCACAGAUUAAUGUAAUAUCAUGCUAUAUUUUACAAAGUGUACUAUUAUGAUGUUCUGGUAAAGUAUUUUUUCCCCCCUCUCCUCAGAAUCUAUAUAAAAACAUUUAUUUAUCAGACUCUGAAGGUUUCAUGGACAUUGUUUAUUGUUUGUUUGGCUUUUUGACACUCGUUUAUUGUCCUUCUCUGCCUUUCAACCUUACACCUACAUUAAAGUUUUGCCAAAUUAACCCUUCUCUGGAUUUUCAUUUGCCCAUUAGAUGUCCGUUUUCAUUAUUUUCGUGCACUUAAAAGCAUCACUGUUCAGUUUUUGACUAUUGAAUAUUGACAAUGUAUUUGUAGAAAUAGUAUAUCUCCAGACAAGAGGCCUGAGAAUGUAUCUUUUAUUUUAUUUUAAAAUACCCACUGUCCUGUUACAUGCAUACAAUCAGAAAUCUUUUAGAGACAAUAAUGGAGUAUAAUAUAUUAUGGUACUAUUCUGUUUCUUUCUUGCAGUGGAAAGUAAAAUGAAGAUUUUGAAGCAAUUCGUUUUUGUUUGCCUUUAGUCUGUAGUAAUGGAAACUGAUUUGUACAGAAUGUGAAAGACAAGCUUUUAAUACUUCUGUAUGUUUUUUCCAUUAUAUUGUAGGUGCUGGAUUUGUCAUUGUUAUAUCACUCAUAAUCUCAUUUAUUGUUAUUAAAAUAUUUUUACUGAG